GUGGGCUGCACGUCUGCUGCCUUGCUGCGGCUGGAGGGGUACUUUGACAGCAGCUGUGCUAUUGGACACAAACAGGGACCUGUGUUAGGGGACUGUUUUUUUCUGUCUUCUUGUUCUCCCACCCCUGGUUUCGGCUUUGACAGUCUCAUAGGCUGACGAGUUUCUCGGCGCUAUGGCAGCUUCGGUCUGGACUGUCCAGUGCAAGUCUGAUGACUGAGGAGGCGGAUGUCCCUGUCCGCCAUCAUGGUCGACAUGGAGAGCCACUACAGCCCUCCGUCCCCAUUGGAGGACCCUGUGCUGGGCCGGUCCCCAUUGGACGACUCUGUGCUGGGCCGGUCCCCAUUGGACGACUCUGUACUGGGCAGCCCGCUGUGUCGUGACAUCAUGGGGAGUAUGGAGGCGCUAGAGGACCUCUCGCAGUCAAUCGACGACGACGCCCUGAGCUCUGCCUUCGACGUCCCCGAGUACCAGUCCUCUAGCCUGGGCUCCGGGUCCGAGAGCUCUACUAUGCUGGAUGCCUUGACCCCGGCGUCCAGCCCCUCCUCAGGUGUGUUCGGGGCGGGGGUGGGCCAGGAAGAGUUCUCCUCCACCUCGCUCAACCUGGAGUGCCGCGUGUGUGCGGACCGCGCCUCGGGGUACCACUACGGGGUGCACGCCUGCGAAGGAUGUAAGGGAUUCUUCCGGAGAACCAUCCGUCUGAAGCUGGAGUACGAGAAGUGUGAGCGGCGCUGUAAGAUCCAGAAGAGGAACCGCAACAAGUGCCAAUACUGCCGCUUCCAGAAGUGCCUGUCCGUGGGCAUGUCCCACAACGCGAUCCGUUUCGGCCGCAUGCCCCAGUCGGAGAAGCUGAAGCUGAAGGCGGAGAUCCUAACGGGGGAGCGCGAGGUGGAGGACCCCCAGGUGGCUGACCAGAAGACCCUGGCCAAGCAGAUCUACGAGGCCUACCUGAAGAACUUCAACAUGAACAAGAACAAAGCACGAACCAUCCUCACCGGCAAGACCAGCACACCGGUAAGAACAAAUCCUUUUGUCAUCCAUGACAUGGAGACAUUGCAGCUGGCGGAGAAGACGCUGUUUGCCAAGAUGGUGGGCUCUGCGGCGCCUCCCCUGCAGCAUAAGGAGGCGGAGGUGCGCAUCUUCCACUGCUGCCAGUGCACCUCCGUGGAGACCGUCACCGAGCUCACCGAGUUCGCCAAGUGCGUGCCGGGCUUCUCCACGCUGGACCUCAACGACCAGGUGACGCUGUUGAAGUAUGGCGUGUACGAGGCCCUGUUUGCCAUGCUGGCGUCCUGCAUGAACAAGGACGGGCUGCUGGUGGCGUACGGGAGCGGCUUCAUCACGCGAGAGUUCCUCAAGAGCCUGCGGAGACCCUUCAGCGACAUGAUGGAGCCCAAGUUCCAGUUCGCCAUGAAGUUCAACGCGCUGGAGCUGGACGACAGCGACCUGGCGCUCUUCGUGGCCGCCAUAAUCUGCUGUGGAGAUCGCCCCGGCCUGGUGAACGUGCAGCUGAUCGAGCGCAUGCAGGAGGGCAUCGUUCACGUGCUGCGGCUCCACCUGCUGGCCAACCACCCCGAUGACACCUUCCUGUUCCCCCGCCUGCUGCAGAAGCUGGCCGACCUGAGACAGCUGGUGACGGAGCACGCACAGCUGGUGCAGGAGAUCAAGAAGACAGAGGAGACAUCACUACACCCACUCCUCCAGGAGAUAUAUAGAGACAUGUACUGAGGGGCAGGAGGAGGAGGAGGAGGAGGAGGAGGAGGAAGAGGAGGAGGAGGAGGAGACAUCACUACACCCACUCCUCCAGGAGAUCUACAGAGACAUGUACUGAGGAGGAGGAGGAGGAGGAGGAGGAGGAGCAGGAGCAGGAGGAGGAGUUUAGUUUGGGGGGAAACUGGACUGGACUGGGUUUUGGAGAUCCACAAAUGCAACUAAACUCUUUUGACUUUGUUAACCUGGACAAAUGAGACUCCUGAUGACGUGCAGUGAGGAGCAGACCUCCCUCUCUCCCUCCCUCCCCCACUCCCUCUUCCCUUUCUCCCUCUCUCCCUCUCUCCUUCACUCCCUCCACCUGCUCCUACAGUAGAUCCAGAGAGACAUGUUCUAUGGAGGAGGAGGAGGAGGAGGAGGAGGGCAAAGUCAAGACAAGCUACAGUAUAUAUAGUUUGAUAAAAGACCCCACCACCCACACCACCACCAUCACCCCAGCCCUGCACCUCAAGAAGACUUGCACUGUGAUACGCCAAGCGCGCGCGCGCGAGAGAGAGAGAAAGAGUGUGUGUGUGUGUGAGUGCGUGCGCACUUGUGUGUGUGUGUGUGUGUGUGUGUGUGCGUGUGCACACGUGUGUGUGUGUGUGUGUGUGUGUGUGUGUGUGUGUGUGUGUGUGUGUGUGUGUGUGUGUGUGUGUGUGUGUGUGUGUGUGUGUGUGUGUGUGUGUGUGUAUGCGCGUGUAGCCACUAAAAGACAGUGCUGGAGAGACACAAAGGGCCCAGUGUGUCCAAGUAGGGGCCCAGUGUGUGUGUGUGUGUGUGUGUGUGUGUGUCCGUUUGGAGUAGAGCUGCUAGAUGUGCUGAUGGUGAGGGGUGAGGGGUGAGGGGUGCAGGCAGCCAAGACCUGACCCCAUAUGGCAGCAUGGUAAUAAUCACAGUGUCUUGACGCAACUUCAGAGGAGGAUUGCAGGUCUUUCAGGGUCUGGCACACACACACACGCACACACACACACACGCACACACACACACACACACACACACACACACACACACACACUCAUAGGCCGCUGAAGGACGUUGUCAAGGUCAGAGCAACAGCAACCAGCAACAGUGCACAGAGCAACUGUGUGUGUGUGUGUGUGUGUGUGUGUGUGUGUAUGUGUGUGUAUGUGUGUGUAGGGAGGGUUUGAUGAUUGAUGUCAGCAAUUCGAAAUCAUUGUAGAGCCUUGACCUUCCUCUACUUUCCCCAACACUAGCCCUUGGCUAACUCGCUCUCCUAUUCCUAUGGUUUUGACAUCAAUCAAAAAAAGCAGCACAGCACAUCGACUACACAUUGCAAGAGAAGCCAGACUGUCUGUCUGCUGGCCUGACACACACACACACCCUGUGACGAACAAUAUCGCUCUCUAGUAUGUAUUAAUCUUCCUACUUACAGUUACGAAACAGCAGGACGUCGUCAUCGUCAGUGGUGACACAUUAAGCUAAGAGACAUUUUUUAGAUUUACAGUACAGCUGUGACACCCAAGUGACUUCGGCCUAGCCCCCUUUGCCAUCCAAUGCAAUCUGUGAUUGCGUGUGCAUUCAGUUGUACGGAAGCAGAGAAUGUGCGCACAUCAGUGGCACAGGUGCUGGACAAAACAAAAUAACCGAAGUAAAUAAUACAUGUCCGCAACACUGUUAAUGCUCUCAGUUGUUUAAUGGCACAUCAAUGUGUUGUUAUACAUUAAACAACUGGGAGCAUUAACAGUGUUGCGGACAUUUGUCCUUUACUUGUGUGUUCAUAGUCCUCUGGCCCUGGGACUUACAGUAGUAGUGAUCCCCCACUAGUGACACACGUGUCCUCUGCUUCUGUGAAACAGCAUCGCCACAUGUCAAGUCAAAGUUCCCGUAAUCUUUUAUUUCUCAUUUGAUCUAGUCUGAUCAGUCUUGAUAUGAAAUGAGAGGGUCUGUCUCUGUGCUGUGCACGUAUUUGCAACAUGGUUGGCCUGUUGGAGCGAUUUGAUAUCAGUUGUCUCAACCUGUUGUACAACAGUCAUUCUGGGGUUUUUUCUUUGUGUUUUUUUGUUUGUUUUUUAAAUAAUGUGACACAACAUCAAGUACUUUGAGUCGUGAUAAAGUCCCCAGACACUCCUCUUGAAUGUCACAAGCCUUCUCUUGUUUGACUGGACUCUGUCCUCAAGGGUUUGGCUUUCAAUCUGAAUGACUCACCAGUUACUUGAAAUAUUCAUCUAACAUUUCAGUGAAAUUAUUACCAUUGUGAAAUGAGAAACAUGCACACAAAAACUCAUAUAUACGUAUUUGAACACGCAUCCUGCUUUUAAUUUGUAUAUGGUAUGAAAUUUGAAAGUUUGAAAGAUAUGAAAUUCAGCGAUUCUAUUUGUGUAGAUAAGUAAGCUAUAGCUAUUAGCUCAGUCCCUACGGUACAAAUGACAUAAUAUGGCCCUCAUGCACUGGGGGUAGGAUGACUUCAACAUAGAGUACAUAUACUGCACAUUACAGUCAAUGAAUUGAACACAGGCAGGUCUGUGUUGAUUAUUGUGAAAGCCCGAUUAUCUGUGAAAGCCCUAUGGCAGCACUUAAACGAACACACAAACAUACAAAUGAACAAAAACAACCCCCAGGUGACCUGCUGACAGGCCUGUUCGGCGUGAUAUACGACUGUGAGCCUCUUGGUUGAACUCCAGUGUGUCCCAGUAUGACUUUGUCAUCAUCCCUCACUUUGUAACCCCCUCCCCCCUCCACAAUACCCUGCCAGGCCUGGCACACAGUGCUCAUGGAAAGAUGGCACAUGAGAGACAUUCAAUCGCCCCCCACCCGCCCCCCACGUGUGAGCACUCAGCUGAGACUCCUAAAGGGACCUUUCUCCCAAGCCAAGUCCCCACUGAAGUACAGUUGCAUCAGAGAUUCCCCGUCAGCACAGAUAUGGUGUAAGCAAACUAAUAUGCGGAUCCAAACUUCUGUUUCAUAUUCUUUUCCAUUCAAGAGCUCCUGACAAAAUACCACAGGCCUUUUACAAAUGUGAGGAAAUAUUCACGUCUGAGAAUGUGGAUAUGAAAUUUCCGGCAAUGUGUUUUAUUGCAUACAAGUAAUCUAAAAGAAAUCAGAGUUUUGAUCUUGCUGGCCUGACAGGACCACAGUAAAUUACUGUUAUAGUAACUUACUGUUAUUACUAAUAGGGCUAAACUCAUUUAUUUCAUUUGAGAAACCACAGAAUAAGAGCACACCCAGCUGUUUUCUGAGAGUUACAUUUUCCAGACUCAAGUCAUUUUUUUCUUGUUCAGGCAAUGGUGGUUUGCAACAAUCUCGUAACAGCACACAAGACAAAUGAGGCCAACUGACAGCCAACAAGACUGAACAGCGCAGCGCGUAGCGUAGGGUUGCGUAGGGUUGCUGAGUGCAACGCAGGCAGCCGAACGCCACUCAAGCACACAACCGUUAACUGUGGUCACUAAUACCUCACUCCUCGGAUGCCUUCUGACAAACGCAAACGCUUGACACUCCAACUUGAGAUCUGUGUUCAAAGACGAUUAGACUGCAUGUUGUAGUGUUGAAGGGCUAGAUUAUACACACACAUGAAGCUAUCUCGAAGGUUAAAACAGGUUCAUACUGUUGAUGAUCUCUCUCUCUCUCUCUCUCUCUCUCUCUCUCUCUCUCUCUCUCUCUCUCUCUCUCU